UGAAUAUAUUGGCCCCACCGACGUAUAAACGCUACCCCUCAUCUGAUUCAUUUUGCUAAUACCCGAGAAGACGGCAAUUGCAGCUCAUCACAGCCUGCUCAGUAUGACAAACUCGAAUGAGACUUUUCCAGCAUGCAGCAGUACGGGAGGGAAAAGACUGGAGGGCUUGGUAACACAAAUCCUGUGCCUUUUCUGGGCCAAGGUCAAGUGUUUGGAAUCUGAUCAGGCCGGCGAAAUACUCAACCCAGUGCAACUUUCGGAGCAAUUUCGUGAACUGACCUGUCCGCCUGACUUCAGAAAAAAGAUCCAUGAGGUUCUCUCAAUGGCGAUACUUGACGUGAACGUUGUUUUGUUGGCGCUUUUUUUCAUCUAUCGCCUCGGGGCCAGAGCGAAACGUCUUGAUGUGGGAGAAAGCAGAAAUGAGCUUCUAUUCAUAUCACUGAUCAUUAGCAGCAAAGUAAUCAAAGAUCGGGUCUGGAGUAACAAAGUCUGGGCGACGAUUUCUAAAAUCCCUAUCAGAAGAAUUAACGCCAUGGAAAUAAAUUUGCUGUCUGCAAUGGAGUAUGACUUAUUCGUAACUAGGGAACAAUGGGUGCAGUGGUCAGGUGAACUUGCCAUAUUUUGGAAUGCCAGUGCACGGAUCGCUGCUGGCGAAGCUCGAAUGCAAGACCGCAAAAGGCGUUCAUUUUGGCCUGAAGAAGCACACGGAUUACCACCCAAUGUUGACGAGAGGUCAGCAAAACGACGUUGCAGCGUCAAGUCUUGCUCUGAAACCCACACAGAGCAGCAGGGAUACUUAUCACCCGCCUCCACUCCUGCUCCUGUACCUGCACCUACUUCUGUACCCACUCCUCAGUUUUACAGACUCAGUGGAUAGGUUUAUAUUGAUAUCUGGGCCAUUUAAAAAGCAUAAAUCCUGAACUGGCUCAUAUUGAAUAACCAAUAAACUCUGUCUGGAAGGCCUUAAUUCUUUUAUGCACCCACAUGAUGUUGUUCCGUACUUC